GACCUUGACGUUGACGUUCCAUUUUUUUCAACGUUCUCUUUUUAUAUUUCUUUUCAUCUUCUCUCCCUCUCUCUCUCAUGAAUUAUUAUUAUUUAGUUUCCGCAAAAAUACAUUAAAAAAUCUCUCUGAAGAGAGAGAGAGUCUGAUCGGUCCUUGACGAGACACUACACUUUAACGGGCCUUCUUCAAAGUUUUACUUCUUUCUUUUCCAAUCGCAAACAAACCCUAGCUUUCUCUUUCUUCCUCUUUUUUUUCUUUUCCUUCUCUCUACCUCUUAUCUCCAUCUCCUUCCGAUUUAUCAUGAACGAUCCUCAAAAUCCCGAUCUGAGCAACGACUCUAGUACUUGGAGACAACUCACAGCUCCAGAUUCUGACUUCUUCGACAGAGACACUUCCAAUAUCCUCUCUGACUUUGGAUGGAACCUCCACGCCUCCUCCGAUCAUCCCCACGAGCUCCGAUUCGAUUCCGAUUUACCACAAACCCCCGGAGGUCGACCUCCCGUUGCAACUGCGACGCCUGAGUCCAAUCUAGCCUCUUCUUGUUCCUCAUCCGCCGUAGCUGUUACAGAGGUUUCGACUUCCAACAAUCCGUCGGCUACCUCGAGCUCAAGCGAGGAUCCGGCGGAGAACUCAACCGCCUCCGCCGCGAAAACACCGGAGACACCAACUCCUUCAUCAACUUCACAGAGACAACACUUCUUUGCCGCGACUACCCCAAUCUACUACUCAAGAUGCACCUGCGGUAUCAAGAAGGCUUACUUGGUGAUAUUGUACCUCAAACAAUGCGCAAUCCUUGAGUUUUACGUUUGUCUUUAUAACUUUAGG